AUGGUUGAGUAUGAAGUGACCGUGUUCACUGGCAAACUGGACUUGGCCUCUACGUUUGACGAUGUCUACAUUAAACUGGUUGGCUCAGACGAGAGCCCACGAAUGCAAAUCCCAAGGAAGUGGAUACCAUCUCUCAAAGAAACAGUAAGUCUGAAAUCCACAUGCGAGUCACACUUAAGUAUAUCCUGCCCAAAAUCCCUUGGAAAGCUGGUGCUGGUAGAGUUACAGAAACAGAACAGGUUUUUUGAAGACUCUUGGCAUCCUGCCAAGGUAGAAGUGAAAUCCCCUGAGGGACACACCUACCACUUUCCCGUCUACCAUUGGAUCACUGACAAUGAGGUGUACUACUUCAGAGAGGGCACAGCUCUCACAGUCUUUGAAGACAAAUGUUCUGUUGACGGGUACAGUCGGGAGGAGGAGAUUAAAAAGCAACAAGAAGUUUAUUGCUGGGAUGUGUAUGAAGAAGGAAUUCCCCACUGCCUGAAGGCAGAUGGUCUUAAAUCUCUGCCCUAUGACAUCCGCUUCUCUUUCACUAAGUAUGCAGAGAUAACCUACACUGCAACCACAGGAUUGAUAGAGCUGGAACUGAUACAAAUAGCAGAGUGUAAGAAAAAUUUUACUUGCAUAGAGGAUAUUAGCCGCCUGUCACACGUGCAUCAGUCAGUCACGUCAGAUUAUGUUCAGAAACAUUGGAAGGAGGACGCUUUCUUUGGCUACCAGUUUCUAAAUGGCGCCAACCCCAUAUUGAUCCGACGCUGUACAGCACUGCCAGACAACUUUGCUGUCACUGAUGAAAUGAUCUUUUCCAAUGGUCAACAUAAUUUGGCAGAGGAAAUGAAGAAGGGCAACAUCUUCAUGUGUGACUACAAGCUUUUGGAUGGAGUGCAGGCAAACACCAUCAAUGGGAAGCAACAGUUCUUGAUGGCUCCACUUGUUCUGCUCCAGAAAACUAAUGAUGAUAAGCUGAUGCCGAUUGCUAUUCAGCUGAAGCAGAAACCAGCAGAGGACAACCCGAUCUUUCUUCCUACUGAUUCUGAAUACGACUGGUUGUUGGCCAAGAUCUUUGUGAGAAGUGCAAACUUCAACCUUUAUGAACUAAAUGCUCACCUGCUGCGCACUCACCUGCUGGCUGAGGUUUUUGCAAUGUCAGUGUUCCGUAACUUGCCCAUGGUUCACCCUCUGUACAAGCUCCUCAUACCUCACACUCGCUACACUCUAAACAUCAACUUCUUAGCUCGGAAACUGCUAAUAUCUAAGAAUGGAGUUUUCACUCAGUUUACAGCUUCUGGUGGAGAGGGUGUUUUCACAAUCCUGAAGAAAUCGCUGUCCUCGCUGACCUACAGCUCCCUCUGUAUCCCCGAUGAUAUCGCAGAGCGUGGGCUGAAAGAUGUGCCAAACUUCCACUACAGGGAUGAUGGACUGAAGCUCUGGGACAUCAUACACAGAUUUGUGAAGGGCACACUCAGCUUCUACUACAAGACUGAUGGUGAGGUCGAGCAAGACUCUGAACUGCAGGCCUGGAUUAAGGACAUUUUUCAAUAUGGAUUCCUUUCACUAGAAAGCACUGGAAUUCCACAGAAAUUCAGCACUGUGGAUGAGAUGGUCAAGUUUGUCACCAUGGUGAUUUUCACUUGCUCUGCUCAGCACUCAGCUGUCAACUCUGGACAGUACGACUUCGGUGCCUGGAUGCCCAACAGUCCUACCUCCUUGCAGCUUCCUCCGCCAACAGAAAAGGGGACAGCAAAUGAGAAAACAAUGCUGGACUCCUUCCCCAGUGUUAACACAACAGUGCAUGGCUUGGCUGUGAUGUGGCUACUCAGCAAGCAGUCCUCUGACCGUGUCCUUAUUGGCCAGUACCCAGAGAUGCGUUUCACUGAGGAGUUUCCUCUCCAGAAGAUAAAGGAAUUUCAGGAAGAGCUCGAAAAGCUGAGUGCAGACAUCAAGGCCAGAAACUCAAGUUUGGACCUGCCAUAUAUAUACUUGGAUCCAGAUGUGGUCGAAAACAGUGUGUCCCUGUGA